CUGUUUACGAGCUAUUGCAAAUCGUGGUUGACCUUGCAUCUUUUCUUAGGUUUUCAAACAUAUUUGGUGAAUGAUCUGUUGGAAUUGUUGGACUACAAUAACUCGACACGCGUUCGUCCUGCACGUGUCAAAAAGGUGGUCGGACGAAGAAUUUGUGUUCAUGUGAGAGAGAUUGACUUUGAUGGCGAAGCAGAUGAUGAGGAUCGUCAGGUUGUUAACGUGGACUCUGAGUUCUGGGUAGACCAGUCAAGCUUCUAUGUAUUUCAUGUUGGAUGGGCAUGUUACAAUAACUACGGCUUGGGUUCCACUAAAGAAUACAAGAAGCAUGCCCAAAGGAUAGCCGAUGCCUUAAGCAAGGUGAAGUUAUUCGCAAGAAUUCCAAUUUAUUUCUCGAAUGCGGCGGUGCCUCGUUUUCAGAAUGUAUCGCUUGGCUGGAAAAAAGGAAUGCGCUUUGAGCUAAUGGAUCCACUCGCACAGAUGUUCAAUGAACUACGAGUCGCCAGUGUGCUGGAAGUUCUAAAAGUGAGAGGUCUAGUUUUCCCUUUUCUGUCAAUUUUUUCUACUUCAACGUUUUCUCAUGUUGAAACAGAGUGUAUUCCACUUCACUGCACAAGUCCAUUCAUGUUCCCAGUUGGAUAUGCACGAAAGUACAACAUCCAUUUAGAAGGACCUAACGCAAUCUGGCGCAGUAGCAGCUGCGUAUAUGGAUCACUUCCAAGUGAGUGUUUGUUUCUGCAGAUUGGUGCUAAACUUGAAGCAUCCGAUAUGUGUGAGAAUCACUUGGUCUGUCCCGCAACGGUUGCUGCCCAUAAGGGACGUUUGUUACAAAUUCAUUUCGAUGGUUGGGAGGACUCUUACGACCACUCAAGCGAUAUAUUUCCUCUUGGUUGGUGUGAAAUGCAUGGGUACAAAUUGGAGCCACCAAAGGCCGAAGAAGAGCCGCCGAAAAAGAAGAGAAAGAAAUAG